CCCGCGGAGUCGCGGAGCGCGGUCACGUGAUCCAGGCUGCGGCGUGGGGCUCCGCGCGGUCAUGGUGGCCCCGAUGUACGGGUCCCCAGGCGGCCGCCUGGCCCGGGCGCUGACGCGGGCACUGGCGCUGGCCCUGGUGCUGGCUUUGCUGGUCGGGCUCUUCCUGAGCGGCCUGGCGGGCGCGAUCCCGGCCCCGGGGGACCGCUGGGAGCGCGUCAGGCCGGCGCCACCCGCCUCCCGCAGCCGCUCGGUGCUCCUGGACGCCGCGUCGGGCCAGCUGCGCCUGGUGGACGGUCGCCACCCCGAGGCCGUGGCCUGGGCCAACCUCACCAACGCCAUCCGCGAGACCGGGUGGGCCUUUCUGGAGCUGGGCACGAGUGGCCGCUACAAUGACAGCCUGCAGGCCUACGCUGCCGGCGUGGUGGAGGCCUCGGUGUCCGAGGAGCUCAUCUACCUGCACUGGAUGAACACCGUGGUCAACUACUGCGGCCCCUUCGAGUACGAGGUCAGCUACUGUGAGAAGCUCAAGCACUUCCUGGAGGCCAACCUGGAGUGGAUGCGGCGGGAGAUGGAGCGCGACCCGGACUCCGCCUACUGGCACCAGGUGCGGCUGACCCUCCUGCAGCUGAAGGGCCUGGAGGACAGCUACGAGGGCCGCGUGGCCUUCCCGACGGGGACGUUCACCAUCAAGCCCUUGGGCUUCCUCCUGCUGCAGAUCUCCGGGGACCUGGAAGACCUGGAGCCGGCGCUGAAUAAGAGCAAGACCAAGGCCGUGCUGGGCUCGGGCUCCUGCUCGGCCCUCAUCAAGCUGCUGCCCGGCCAGCGCGACCUCCUGGUGGCCCACAACACCUGGAACUCCUACCAGCACAUGCUCCGCAUCAUCAAGAAGUACUCCUUCCAGUUCCGGGAGGGCCCCCAGGAGGACGCCCUCCCGGCUCCUGGUAACGAGCUGGUCUUCUCAUCCUACCCUGGCACCAUCUUCUCCUGCGAUGACUUCUACAUCCUGGGCAGCCAGCUGGUCGCGCUGGAGACCACCAUCGGCAACAAGAACGCAGCCCUGUGGAAGUACGUGCGGCCCGAGGGCUGCGUGCUGGAGUGGAUCCGCAACGUGGUGGCCAACCGCCUGGCGCUGGACGGCGCCACCUGGACGGACACCUUCAAGCAGUUCAACAGCGGCACGUACAACAACCAGUGGAUGAUCGUGGACUACAAGGCCUUUGUCCCCGGCGGGCCUAGCCCCGGGGGCAGGGUGCUCACCGUCUUGGAGCAGCUCCCGGGCCUGGUGGUGGUGGCCGACAGGACGGCGGACCUGUACCACAGGACCUACUGGGCCAGCUACAACAUCCCGUCCUUUGAGACCGUGUUCAACGCCAGCGGGCUGCAGGCGCUGGUGGCGCAGUACGGGGACUGGUUUUCCUACGACAAGAACCCCCGCGCCCAGAUCUUCCAGCGGAACCACUCGCUGGUGCGGGACGUGGACUCCAUGAUCCGGCUGAUGAGGUACAACGACUUCCUGCACGACCCCCUGUCGCUGUGCAAAGCCUGCUGCCCCCAGCCCAACGGGGAGAACGCCAUCUCCGCCCGCUCCGACCUCAACCCGGCCAACGGCUCCUACCCCUUCCAGGCCCUGCGCCAGCGCCUGCACGGGGGCAUCGACGUGAAGGUGACCAGCCUGUCCCUGGCGAAGGUGCUGGGCUUGUGGGCGGCCAGCGGCCCCACGUGGGACCAGGUGCCGCCCUUCCAGUGGAGCACCUCGCCCUUCCGGGACGUGCUGCACAUGGGCCAGCCCGACCUCUGGAGGUUCCUGCCCCUGGAGGUCUCCUGGGGCUGAGCCACCCCGCCGCCCACCCACCGUCGCCGCUCCCGACCGCCCACAGCCCGGGCUCUGCCUCCGCUGCCCUCUGAGCUGGACCUGCGGCCGUCAGGGUCAUUCCUGUCCAGUGGCCUCCUCCCAGGGUGGGACGCGGGCCCAGUGGGCCCAGAAAGACUCACUGUCCCCCCCAAGUGGGUGGGCGCCCCUCUGCACCUCUCCCUCCCCCUCCCCCUUCCGCUUCUCUUCUCUCUGCCACCUUUGGGACUCUGCUCAUGCUCUGUCCCACCUGAAGGCUGGGGAGGCCCUGGGACUCCACUGGGCCAGGAGGCCUAUUCCCACCCAGCCUCCAGCCUCCAGCCUCCAGCCUCCAGCCUCCUUCCGGGUGGUCGGGUGCUGGUGCAGUUCAGCCCUGGGAUCUGAACGUAUCUCCGCCGCUCUGGCUGGUGUCAUCCUCCUGGCCGUGGCUCCAGCCCCUCUGCCCCCUCGGGAGGCAGGCCCCUCACCCGCCUCUCUGCGCAUCUUCCCCGAGGACAGAAACUUGAACACAAAGCCAGUUCCUGACUGCUGGUGGCUGGAGGGUCUCGGGUGCCCUGUCCACUGGGCAGACGGGAGUGGAGCCCGUACUCCUGCCUGUGUCCACCGCCCGGACCUGCCCUGGCCUCUGGGCAGUGCCCGCAGCUCCCCUGCCGUGGGAGCUGCAGACGGUGCCACCAUUAAACAGGAGAGGCCGUGGCUCCUUGGCACGGGGUGGGCUCCUCCCGCCCUGGCAGCGGCCACUCUGCACCUGCUUGUCCUCCGUCUGUCCCGCCCUGCUGCUCACGUGGCCACCCACCUCCCGCUGUCUGUCCACACCGUCCCUCCGUCAGGACGGACCACUGACCCCCUCAGGGUGGGCGCCCUCCGGGCCCCCUUGCUUCUCUGCAUCUGUUUCCUCCUCUUUCUCGUCUUUGCCACCUCGGGGACCCUGUCCUCACGCCCUGCACCUCCUGAAGGGCCAUCCGCCCAUCCACACCCAGCCAUCUGUCCGUGCGUCCAGCUGUCCAUGUGUCCUAGGUGCGUGGAGCACCCGCUCUCCGGCUCCUUCCUAAGUCCUGCAGGGCACAGACCACAUCUGACCUCCCACGCCGCCUGCCGGUGACAAGACUGUCCCCUGCUCCCUGCCUGGGGACGGGCGGCGGGCUGGAACCCUGGGCCUGCUUGUGCUGGCUGUGGCCUCGCCCUCCGCCCUCCGAGGUGACGUGAGGCUCCCAGGCUGUGGCCAGGGUCCCCAGGGUCCCCGGCAUCACGCAUUGGGGCGGCGGCUCCUGCUGGGGUGGCAACAGGGACCUCUGGAGAGAAUAAAGUGCGGUGCAGCUGGGGCUCCUCGGCUUCUCACUGGCUUCCGGGUGCCUGUGGCCUGGACCGGGGGUGCCGCCUGCCCAGCGCUGGGGAUCGAGCCCGGGUGCUCCGCCCCUGGCCGCUUCCCUGCCCUUUGAAAACCUCAGGACAGGGUCUCGCCCAAGCUGGCCUCACACUAUCGAUCCUCCUGCCUGGGUCUCCCCAGGUGCCCCGUGCCCGCCCACCACGCGGGCCCCACCUCUGGACGCGGGAGUGGAGGUUGGGGGGAUCAGCCCCGGCGACGCUUCUGCUCCCUGUGCUGCUGUCUCGGAAGCAAGGGGCACGUGUUUGGGAGGGUCUACGCUCUAGUCUCAGGUCCACCCAGGUCCCCUGUCCAGAAACCCGUGUCCAGUGUCCAUCUCCACGCCCCCAGGUGUGGGCCCCACGCCGGCUCCGGGGGUCCUGGGAUACAGUUGUGCUGAUGGUCAGGGUGCGCCGGCCGCCUCUGCCCCGCCCGUCCCCGCGCAGGUGGCCUGAGUCCCACCCAGGAGGGUCUCCAGAGAGCCGGCCCCUCCCCUGCUGCUGACUGGCGGCGCCCAGGGGAGGGGCAAGACCGCAGGGGACAGAAACCUCAGGAUCUUCGCUUCAUAAAUACAGUUUUCUUUUCCAUGAAAAAGUGCUCGUUAGAAAAAGGAGUGGGGGUGGGGCUUCCUGAAGGGAGGACGAGGGCCCUGCGGCCUGGACCAGGCCCCGUUCGCCUUCCGGAGCAGUUCAGGCAGGUCCCCGAGGCCCGGGGCCUCCCGCUCUGGGGACCUGGUGCUGUCCGCAGUUGUCGCCCCAGCAGGGGUGGCUGAGGACCGCCGCGCAAGGGGGCCUGUCCAUGGCCGUGCCGCUGCUGACCUCCUGGCCCCUCUGCACAGCGGCCGGUCGUGCUGGACCCGGGUUGGCCAAGCCCGAGGCGCCUGGGCGGGUCCUCACUUGGGCAGCCCGUUCCUCAUGCCCAGCUGUUCCUUGAGGGCCCAGAGCUGGCCCAGGCUGAUGUUGCUGCCCCCGCAGACGAUGACCACCAGGGAGGGCAGCGGCGCCCGCAGCUUCCCCUCUCCCUGCAGCUUCCGGACCACGUGGCUGUAGACGGCGGCCAGCGCUGCCCCGCAGGCCGGUUCCACCAGGGUCUUCUCGUCGUCUGCGGAGGGCGUGGGAGUGGGCCCAGGGAACGACGAGCCAGUCGGCUCUCCGCCUGGCCAUGGCCGCAGGUCACCUCCCGCCACCACCCCCGUGGCCCUUGGGAGCCCGAGUGGGGCCUGGUGUGGCCAUCGGGUCAGCGUCGAUGGAGCGAUAGCUGC